AUGAAUCCACGUCCAGACAACGCGCUGGAGCCUGGCGCUCCUGACGCGGCGCUUGCUUCGCUUUCUCUCUCAGAUGGCGACACUGUCGCUACCUCUGCCUCUGCCUCCUUGCCGCAGCCAUCAGAGCCAACCCACCCUGACCAAUUGCAUGAACUGAUGAAAUUUGCAGAAGCCGUCGCGACAGACAAAUUGCGUCUCACACCAGAUGACGAACCCGUCGAAUUCACCAUUUUUCCAAAGUCGUGGGACUGGCUCGAAGAUGACCUCAACUUUGAGCUGUACAUAGAAGGGAAACUAUUUCGAUACUUCUACGAACGCUCGCGCCAUUGUAUUACUAUCAUACCCUAUCGGAGCCACAGACACCAGUCCUUUGUUCGUUUCCUCAUGGAACUCGCGUACAAGACCAAAAAGUCUUUCACAUCUCUUCUCGCGGACACAUCUACUCGCGGGGAUAGGAUACGGAUCGAACCGGAUGCAGCUGUUUGCACAGUCCUCGGACACCCCGAUGAAAAAGUAGCCGACUUAUCUAUCCAAUGGGCAAAGGGUACGCACAAAAUCAUAGAUCACACGAUUGUCGAAGCGAGCGACACCCAAUCCCUUGAUGAUCUCCGAUAUCUCGCCCGGUUCUAUUUGUACGGUCACCACCAGAUCCAACGUGUUGUCCUCAUCGCUAUAGCCGAAACACCGAGAUUUGAAUCUCCAAAUUCAGUCGAUGCCUCUCAGGAGUUUCGAACAGACGAGAGCACAGGUGUCAUUUGGUUCGGAAACGUCAAGGCAAUUGGAGAGAUGAAGAUAACUUGGGAGGUGUGGGAAAGAGAUACUGCUGGUGCUCCGCAGCCGACCUUUCAGGAGGUUUUCGCGUUCGGCGAGAUACCGUCAAGAGACCUUCCUUUCUUGAAAGUCCGUGGAGGUCCUCAUGGCAACGCGAGUACUUGGGAAUAUGUGAAUGCUUCUGUCACGCCGCAAAUGAUCAAGGACUUCUGGAUGAAGGAUUGGCCUCGUUCUAUUUGGGAAGACGCUAGGAGACGAAUGUUGCCACUGCUAGGUGAGCAGAGACUGGAGGAAGCAUGGGAAGAAUUUCGUCGCGCCAGGAACCUCGAUAUCAUGGAGCUGAAUUGA